UCACGCUCCUCCUCGGCCUCCUCCUCCGGGCAGCCCUCCGCCAUGCCGCACAAAGACUACGAGGCCGAGAAGGAAAAGGCCAAGAAGUUCCUGCAGGACUUCUACCAGGAUGACGAAUUUGGCAAGAAGCAGUUCAAAUACGGGGACCAGUUGGCGCGGCUGGCCCACCGGGAGCAGGUGGCCCUCUACGUGGACCUGGACGACGUCGGAGAGGAAGACCCCGAGCUGGUGGACUCCAUCUGCGAGAACACCAAGCGCUACGCCCGCCUCUUCUCCGACGCCGUGCAGGAGCUGCUGCCCCAGUACAAGGAGAAGGAGGCAGUGCGUAAGGACGUCCUGGACGUGUACAUCGAGCACCGGCUGAUGAUGGAGCAGCGCAGCCGGGACCCCGGGGCGACACGGGACCCCCAGAACCAGUACCCCCCCGAGCUCAUGCGCAGAUUCGAGCUGUACUUCCGCGGCCCGGGCAGCAGCAAGCCGCGGGUCAUCCGGGACGUGCGGGCCGACUCCGUGGGCAAGCUGGUCACCGUGCGGGGCAUCGUCACCCGCGUCUCGGAGGUCAAGCCCAGGAUGGUGGUGGCCACCUACACCUGCGACCAGUGCGGGGCGGAGACCUACCAGCCGAUCCAGGCUCCCACCUUCAUGCCGCUGAUCAUGUGCCCGAGCCAGGAGUGCCAGACCAACCGCUCGGGCGGGCGGCUCUACCUCCAGACCCGCGGCUCCAAAUUCGUCAAGUUCCAGGAGCUGAAGAUGCAGGAGCACAGCGACCAGGUGCCCGUGGGCAACAUCCCGCGCAGCCUGACGGUGAUGGUGGAGGGGGAGAACACGCGGCUGGCCCAGCCCGGGGAUCACGUCAGCGUCACGGGCGUCUUCCUGCCCAUGCUCCGCUCCGGCUUCCGCCAGGUGGUACAGGGCCUGCUCUCGGAGACGUACCUGGAAGCCCACCGCAUCGUGAAGAUGAACAAGAGCGAGGACGACGAGGCCGGGCCCGGGGAGCUCAGCGGGGAGGAGCUGCGGCAGAUCACCGAGGAGGAUUUCUACGAGAAGCUGGCGGCCUCCAUCGCCCCCGAGAUCUACGGCCACGAGGACGUGAAGAAGGCCCUGCUGUUGCUGCUGGUGGGGGGCGUGGACCAGUCCCCUCGGGGCAUGAAGAUCAGAGGGAACAUCAACAUCUGUCUCAUGGGGGACCCCGGAGUCGCCAAGUCCCAGCUCCUGUCCUACAUCGACCGCCUGGCCCCCCGCAGCCAGUACACGACGGGCCGGGGGUCGUCGGGCGUGGGUCUGACGGCGGCGGUGCUGCGGGACCCCGUGAGCGGCGAGCUGACCCUGGAGGGGGGAGCGCUGGUCCUGGCCGACCUGGGCGUCUGCUGCAUCGAUGAGUUCGACAAGAUGGCGGAGGCGGACCGGACGGCCAUCCACGAGGUCAUGGAGCAGCAGACCAUCUCCAUCGCCAAGGCGGGCAUCCUCACCACCCUCAACGCCCGCUGCUCCAUCCUGGCGGCCGCCAACCCGGCCUACGGGCGCUACAAUCCGCGCCGCAGCCUGGAGCAGAACGUGCAGCUCCCCGCGGCCCUGCUGUCCCGCUUCGACCUGCUCUGGCUCAUCCAGGACCGGCCCGACCGCGACAACGACCUGCGGUUGGCCCAACACAUCACUUACGUCCACCAGCACAGCCGCCAACCGCCCUCCCAGUUUGAGCCUCUGGAUAUGAAGCUCAUGAGGCGCUACAUCGCCACGUGCCGCGAGAAGCAGCCCGCCGUGCCCGAGGCCUUGGCCGACUACAUCACGGCCGCCUACGUGGAGAUGCGGCGCGAGUCGUGGGCCGGCAAUGACGCCGCCUACACCUCCGCCCGGACCCUGCUGGCCAUCCUGCGCCUGGCCACGGCCCUGGCCCGCCUGCGGCUGGUGGACGCGGUGGAGAAGGAGGACGUCAACGAGGCCAUGCGGCUCAUGGAGAUGUCCAAGGAUUCGCUGCUGGGGGACAAGGGGCAGGCGGCCAGGCCGCAGCGGCCGUCGGACGUGAUCUUCGCCACGGUGCGGGAGCUGGCGGCCGGGGGCGGGGGCGUGCGGCUGGCCGAGGCCGAGCAGCGCUGCGUGUCCCGCGGCUUCACCCCCGCCCAGUUCCAGGCGGCCCUGGACGAGUACGAAGAGCUCAACGUGUGGCAGGUGAACGCGGCCCGCACCCGCCUCACCUUCGUCUGACGCCCGCCCCGGCCCCCCAUCCCUCCCGCGACCCCCACGGUGCCCAAUAAAGACGUUUGUGAGAA